AUGGAGCUCAAGACAAUCACUGUCCACGCUGGAACUAUUUUUGAUUCUAAAGCCAAAAAGUUUAAAGAAAAUGUAUCAAUCACGGUCGAUCCUGGCACGGGCAGCAUUGUUCACGUACUGCAACGGGACACAGGCGCGGCCAAUAUCAGGGAAGGCGACAUUGACCUCCGUGACAAGAUUGUCAUGCCAGGAUUUGUAGAUGCACACACUCACAUCUUCCUACACGCCUACAAAGAGCGCCCCUCCCUGGAACAAAUGAGAGACGAAAGCAUCGUGGAACGUACAAUCCGCGCAACGAAUCACGUUCGAAGGGCCCUGCUUUCAGGAUACACCACAUAUCGCGACCUGGGCACAGAGGGAAUGGCCUCAUUCGACACAAACGUACGAGAUGCCAUCAACCGCGGUCUCAUCCCGGGACCACGGCUCUUUGUGGCGACAGAGUGUCUCGCCUCGACGGGCUCGUACCAACUCCGGUCGGAAAACACGGCCAACGGCGCUUCUGGCCCUCGAAUCUCGGAUCCCUGCGACGGGCCAGUGUCCUGCAGAGCAGCGGUUCGGAGACGAGUCGCCGCGGGAGCAGACAUUAUCAAGUUCUACGCAGACUACUCCCGACAAGCAAUGAGGUUUCCGGCAGUCGAGACCCACGGAUCAAGCAUCCCCGUUCAAUUCCCGCCCAGGAACCCCAACCCGGCAAUCGUCAUGUUCAACCAGGACGAAAUGGAGGCCAUUGUGGAGGAGGCGCAUCUGGCAGGUCUCCCUGUGGCAUGCCAUGCAAACACGGCAGAGGGAGCAGCCAUGGCGGCGAAAGCAGGCGUAACAAGCAUCGAACACGGAAACUUGAUGACGACUGAGGUGUUUAUGGCCAUGCAGCGUAGCAGGACCAUCUUUGUCCCGACCUUGGCCGUCAUGGAGCUGCUGCGGAAGCCCGACCUGGCCAGGCUGCAGAGGAACGUGAGGCAGGCGUUUGACAUGGGUGUUCGUCUUGCGGCGGGCGGUGACACAGGCGCAUUUAAUCACGGUGAGGGCACGCGCGAGCUGGAGCUGAUGAUGGAGGCGGGUAUUCCUGUGGAAGACGUGCUUGAGGCGUGCAUGGUGGGCGGGUGGGAGUCGUGCGGGAAGAACAGCUGUGGGUAUCGAUUUGGAUGGUUUGAGGAGGGAAACAGAGCGGAUAUCAUUGCGUUGGAUGCUGAUCCGAGGGUGGACGGGCGUGCGUUGCGGAAGGUGAGUUUUGUCAUGAAGGAUGGCAAAGUGUGGAAGAGCGGUGGAGUGGCGGUUGGAGUGGGGGAAUAA